AUGAUACUCCAGAAAACAAGCGCGUUGACGUGUCUCAGCUGCUUUGGGGACUCGAUGAACUCGUCGUGCUAUGCGGGCCCCGAUCUCGUCGCCCACGGCAUGCAAACGUGUGAUGGGGAAUGCCAGGUAUGGAAAGUGCAAUCCGAAGUAACGGGUGACGUCUACAUGUUUGAGCGAACGUGCUCGCAAGUGUGCAAGGACGGCUGCACGCACAUUGCCGAUAUGGAACACCGUUUUAUUUCCUGUGGAACGUGCUGCGCCGAGGAUUUGUGCAAUAAGGGCAACCUUACAUCCUCAAAUCGGUGGUCCUGGCCGCGCCUUCUAAUAGUUUUGUUUCUUGUUCUCAUUAAAUCG